AUGCUAGUACUAAAGAAGACGUUAAUUAGAUUGAUAGGUGCUUUGACAUUAUGCGGAGGGUUGGUGGCCAUCACUAUUCUAAUAAUUAAGAACCAUAUCGAAUCUGGAGAUCAACAACUUGAAGCCUGCCAGCUAGACCCGGACAAGUGCUUGAAUCGGUUGAUGCCGGAGAACUAUGACCUGAUCCUCCAUGAUGCCGAUGAGAUCAUUGUCAACGACCAAUUGAACACAAAAUUCUUUCGGAAAUUCAAAUACCAUUUCGAUCAAAGGGUCAGUCAUACUCAAGAACUCCGUGAUACAAAUCGAGAAUUAUACCAACAGUACAUGGGUGCGGAAAUUCAUGAGCCAAAAGUCGCGGGAUUGGUCAGGCCCCUGGAAGACUAUCAGUUGACUAGUGCCACAUUAGUGGCGUUUUUGAAGGACAAGGAGGCGGAUCAAUUGAUUGCCACGAUGCAGCAGGUUGAAAAAACUUUCAAUAGGAAGUUCCAUUACCCUUGGACAUUCAUCAGCGAGAAGCCAUUUCCUGCCAAAUUCAAGAAGAAAGUGGCACAGACCACUACUUCAGAAUGUCAAUACGUGGUAUUGGAGGGGUCCCAAUGGGAGCAACCCGCGCAUAUUGACAAAGCUAAACAGCAGGAAGGUUAUGAAUACUUGAAAUCCAAAAAGAUUCAAUAUGCCACCCAAGUGUCGUACCACAACAUGUGUCGUUUCUAUUCUGGCACGUUUUUCCAUUUGCAACAAUUACAAAAGUAUAAGUAUUAUUGGCGUGUCGAGCCAGGGACUAGCUACUAUUGUGAUAUUGAUUAUGAUGUUUUCAAAUUCAUGGAAGAACACGGGAAAACUUAUGGAUUCACCCUUAAUAUUUACGACCAGCCGGAUACUAUUAGAUCAUUAUGGGAUACCACCGUGGAUUUUUUGAAAGAACAUCCUCAAUAUGUCAAUGCUGAGGGAUCUUUUGACUGGUUAUUACAAGAUUUGGAGCACCCAGAUUAUAAUACCAUCACUAAUGGUUAUUCUACUUGUCAUUUCUGGUCGAAUUUCGAGAUUGGCGAUAUGGAUUUUUUUAGAGGAGAAUCCUACACCAAAUGGUUUGAACACUUGGAUCAAGCGGGAGGGUUUUAUUAUGAACGUUGGGGAGAUGCUCCAGUUCAUUCCAUUGGUUUGGGAUUGUUUGAAGACAAAGCCAAGAUUCAUUGGUUCAGGGAUAUUGGAUACAGCCAUACUCCAUACUCCCACUGUCCUACUAGUAACAAAUGUCAUGGAUGCGAAGCUGGGGUAUUUGCGGAACACCAUGGUGAUGAUAAGCAAAAUUGCAUGGCCAACUGGAUCAAAUAUUCCAUGACAGAAAAAGAAUUGGACAUAUAUUGA